AUUAAAGAAUUGAUAUCAUUUGUCAUACGCGCAGUGGUUUCAAAGCAAUGUCACUCACGUGUGAGUCACAUGACCAAUCAGCUGACUGACUUCCUUUAAGAGGAGUCUGUCGGCGGACGCUCGGCUGAGCCGCAGCCACCAGCGGAUGACGGCAAGAAUUUCACAACUUUUUUUUUUUUUUGUUGCUGCUGUUUUUCUUGUUGCAAGCCUCGCAAGGGUUCAGACGACGACGAAGCUCCCGUAUGUCCGCACUAUCUUCAGUUACCUGCUAAAAGUUUGCUAGCUCGUCAUUUCUCCACUUGGCUCUUUUUCACCACUACAAUCAUGAAGAUGUUUCCUCUUCACCCCUAAGCGACUCUCUGUGUUUUUGUUUGGUCAACGCCGGGACGUUGGAAGGCUUGCACGAGAACAAUAUGACACAGUUGCUUUUGCCGCAGUUCCGCUUCGGACUGCUGACCUGCGCGCUGUUUUUCGUGUUUCCUUUGACUGCCUCGUGUCACCCGACUCUGAUCUCGGGUCAGCCGCAGCUUGUCGUCGAGCGUCUCCGCUUGCCAAUGUUGAAAUUUAACUGGACCAACAUCUCGUGCCGCGUGUGUCAAGUCCUCUUCACCCUCCUGGAUGUGGCGCUCUUGAGUGACAUAAACGAAGAGCGAGUGGCCUACGCCGUGGGCGAGGCCUGCAUCCGCCUCCACCUGGCCGACGAGCAGGUGUGUCGUAACAUCACUGAGCUUUUUCGGGAAGACUUCAUCCGGGCCUUACAGGAGUCCCUGCUGUGGCCGUCGGAGGCGUGCGGCCUGCUACUGGGCCCCCCUUGCGGCAAAUUUGACAUCUACGAGUCGUGGAACAUAACCUUGCCCAAGGACCCCAAACCUCCCGUUACACCGCCCGUGCCGCCUAAACCCGGCUCGCCACAGAGCAGGGUUCUGUUUCUCACAGACAUCCACUGGGACAAAGAGUACGCUACCGGCAGCGCCGCGGACUGCAAGGAGCCCCUGUGCUGCCGUAAUGACUCCGAUUUCCCCCAAUGGCGGGGCACGUGGCUCUAUGACACCAUGGCGGACGAAUGGUCAAAAUGGCUGCCGGAGCCGGCUUUGAAGUCUCUGAGAUACGGGGGAUUUUACACAACUGAGAUCCAUCCAGGCCUCAGGCUGGUGUCCCUCAACAUGAACUUUUGCGCUCGUGAGAACUUUUGGCUCAUGGUGAACUCCACAGACCCGGCCAGCCAGCUGCAGUGGUUGGUCCACGUUCUCCAGGCCAGUGAAGACAAGGGGGAGAAGGUUCAUAUCAUUGGCCAUAUUCCACCUAGUAUGUGUUUGGGGAGCUGGAGCUGGAACUACUAUCAUAUUGUCAACAGGUAUGAAAGUACCAUUACAGGUCAGUUUUUUGGACACACACACUUUGAUGAAUUCCAGAUGUUUUACGACGGGGAGACUGUAACUCGGCCACUAGGGGUUGCGUUUAUUUCUCCCAGUGUGACCACCUAUAUUAAUUUAAACCCAGGUUACCGUGUUUACUACGUAGACGGGAACUACCACGGCAGCUCUCGGCUGGUUCUGGACCACGAGACCUAUAUUCUCAACUUGACCGAGGCGAACCGCAAACAUCAAGAGCACCCCAAGUGGACUCUGCUUUACCGUGCCACAGAGGCCUACGGGCUGUCCAGCAUUUUCCCCUCCGACUUGGACGGCCUCAUACGGGGCUUCAUCGGGGACGACCGCCUCUUCCAGAAGUUCUGGUACUUUCGACACAAGGGGCACGUUUCCGAGCCGUGCGAGGAGACAUGCAAAACUGCCGCCUUGUGCUUUUUGCAAAGCGGCAGAUAUGACUUGCUGCAACAGUGCAACUACAUCGAUGGUGUCAAAGUGAGAAAAAUUCCAUGUUAGGUGAGGAACUUGGUGGAAUUUGAAGUAGGUGUCAAAGUGCAAUGUUUCCAGAUAAGAAUGUCUUCUGAUGACUUGAAAUGCAAUAAUGUUUGGUUACAAUCAAUCCCAAAAGUUGUCUGUCUGCACUUUAACGUUAGAGGAUGAGUAGCGAAUCCAAAUAUGCUCACACAAUUCAAAAGUACACAGUACAGUAUUUGACAUACACAAGAUCCAUCUGCACCAAGACAUACAGUACAUAGCUUGUUAAUUGACUUUUUGGAUAUUUUUGUGGGUAAUUGUGGAUAAAAUGUGUCCUUGAUUGUCAAUUAAAAAGAUUUUGGAACUUUUUUCUUUUUUUU